AUGUCAGUCAUUGUUUCUUGGUGCAUGGAAUUUAGUCACCUACCGAUUGAAGAGUUCUCUCUAAUCAAGUUAGGAUUCCCUCUAGACUUGGCAUGCAUAAGAAUUGAGGAGUUUUCCAUUUUUUGUAUGCCCAUACACCCACAUAUAUUAAAUGAAAUCUUACUGUUUUAUAUUUUCAUUGCUAUACUUUUGCUGGAAGGCGUUAUUUGCUGCAAUGUAAUGUGGAUGCAUGAAGGAUUCGUUUCGACAUCAACAACAAUUUUUUUCAUUAGAGAUAGAAAAAAAGGGUGCAUAGUGAGCUUAAAAAAAUGCUCUAGAAGUAGCUUGAUGAAGCAAUGUCCAAAAGGAAGAAAUUUUUGCAAACACGUUUGUCAAGGUGAUGUAUCUGAAGGUAAUGGUAAGUGUACCGAUAAAGUGUCACUAAUUAAUAAUUUGCAGAUUGCAAUUGUUAUGGGAUCACCUCAGCUCUGUUUAAAUGAUACAAGGAAAAUUGAAAAAAGCGAAUGCACCGUGCUAAUUCUUUACACAAAAGAUGGUGUGUCGUGCACGAUUCCACCAAAAAGGUUAGUUUGUGUGGACCAUAAUAGUAGUCGUCGAUUCUUCGCCGAAAAACUGACAGUAAAUGUGUUAGAAAAUAAUCAAAGAGCCAAAACUAAAUCACGUGAAUCUCACAUUCUUUUAACAAAUAAGGAAGCAAAAACUCGUCGACGAAUGAACUUAGGAGGAUUUCUUAAUUUCCUUUCCUUAAAGCAGACAAACCUGAGGCAGAGGGUUGGAUAUGAAGGUUUGGCGUGCAUCACUGCUUACCUAGAUGAACGCUUACAAUCUAAGCAAAAUGGAGUCUCGGGAAGCUACAAUAGCCCACACAAGUGUGAAGCACCACUUACAGAAAAAAUGGUUAACGUUUGGAAGAGUAAGGGAUCAAACUUCAAUUGUUUAAAAGACAAUGAUGAAAUUUCUCAUAAAUUACUAAAACCAUGGGUGCGGUUCAUCUAUCAGGUAGCCACAUUGGUAAGAUGUUUGAAUCAACUAAAUGUAGUAAAAAAUUGCAUCAAAAACACUAACAGCUUGGCAAAUCAGAGAAUGUCGAGCUUGCCACAGUUUAAACUCAGUUUUCAGAGGACAAAUAAACAAAAUGGUUGCCAAAUGUAUUUACUUUAUUCUACUUUGUGCUACACCAAAGACUGUUUCAAUUUAACUAAUCUGCAUGAUUUAUCCAAACAACUUCCUUUUACUGCAUAG